GCUGUGAGCUGGGGAACACGAGCUGACAGCCGCUGCCACCCACCUUCCUCGCCGGGGGCUUCGUCCUUCACUCCUUCGGGCUGCCUCCCCCCUUGUCUCCUGUCCCUAGUCCCACUUCUGCAGAAGAUUUCAACACUAAACUUGCACAAUGUCUUUGAAACCAAGAGUAGUAGAUUUUGAUGAAAUAUGGAACAAACUUUUAACGACAAUCAAAGCUGUUGUCAUGUUGGAAUACGUCAUAAGAGCAACAUGGAACGAUCGCUUCUCAGAUAUCUAUGCUUUAUGUGUAGCCUAUCCUGAACCCCUUGGAGAAAGACUUUAUACAGAAACUAAGAUUUUUUUGGAAAAUCAUGUACGGCAUUUGCACAAGAGAGUUCUGGAGUCUGAAGAGCAAGUACUUGUUACGUAUCAUAGGUAUUGGGAGGAAUAUAGCAAAGGUGCAGACUAUAUGGACUGCUUGUAUAGGUAUCUCAACACCCAGUUUAUUCAAAAGAAUAAAUUGGCAGAAGCUGACCUUCAGUAUGGCUAUGGUGGUGUAGAUACGAAUGAACCACUUAUGGAAAUAGAAGAGCUAGCAUUGGAUAGGUGGAGGAAAUUGAUGGUUGAACCACUUCAGACCAUCCUUAUCCGAAUGUUGCUCCCAGAAAUAAAAAAUGAUCAUGGUGGAGAAGACCCAAACCAGAAAGUAAUCCAUGGGGUUAUUAACUCCUUUGUUCAUGUUGAACAGUAUAAGAAAAAAUUCCGCUUAAAGUUUUAUCAGGAAAUCUUUGAGUCUCCCUUUCUGACUGAAACAGGAGAGUAUUACAAACAAGAAGCUUCAAAUUUAUUAUAAGAAUCAAACUGCUCGCAGUAUAUGGAAAAGGUUCUAGGUAGAUUAAAAGAUGAAGAAAUUCGAUGUCAAAAGUACUUGCAUCCAAGUUCAUAUACUAAAGUGAUUCAUGAAUGUCAGCAACAAAUGGUAGCAGACCACUUACAGUUCCUACAUGCAGAAUGUCAAAAUAUCAUCCGACAAGAGAAAAAAAAUGACAUGGCAAAUAUGUAUGUCUUAUUUCAUGCUGUGUCCACUGGUUUACCUCAGAUUCAGGAGCUGCAAAAUCAUAUCCAUGAUGAGGGCCUUAGAGCAACCAGUAAUCUUACUCAGGAAAAUAGGCCAACACUAUUUGUAGAGUCAGUUUUGGAAGUACAUGGUAAAUUUGUUCGACUUAUCAACACUGUUUUAAAUGGUGAUCAGCACUUUAUGAGUGCUUUGGAUAAGGCCCUUACAUCAGUUGUAAAUUACAGAGAACCCAAGUCUGUUUGCAAAGCACCUGAACUGCUUGCUGAGUACUGUGACAACUUAUUAAAGAAGUCACCAAAGGGGAUGACCGAGAAUGAAGUAGAGGACAAACGCACGAGCUUCAUUACCGUUUUCAAGUAUAUCGAUGAUAAGGAUGUUUUUCAAAAGUUCUAUGCAAGAAUGCUGGCAAAAUGUUUAAUUCAUGGGUUAUCUAUGUCUAUGGAUUCUGAAGAAGCCAUGAUCAAUAAAUUAAAGCAAGCCUGUGGUUAUGAAUUUACCAGCAAGCUACAUCGGAUGUAUACAGAUAUGAGUGUCAGUGCCGAUCUCAACAAUAAAUUUAACGAUUUUAUCAAAAAUCAAGACACAGUAAUAGAUUUGGGAAUUAGUUUUCAAAUAUAUGUUCCACAGGCUGGUGCAUGGCCUCUUACUCAGUCUCCUUCAUCUACAUUUGCAAUUCCCCAGGAAUUGGAAAAAAGUGUACAGAUGUGUGAAUUAUUUUACAGCCAGCAUUUCAGUGGAAGGAAACUGACAUGGUUACAUUAUCUCUGUACAGGUGAAGUUAAAAUGAACUAUUUGGGCAAACCAUAUGUAGCCAUGGUUACCACAUACCAAAUGGCAGUUCUUCUUGCCUCUAACAACAGUGAAACUGUCAGCUAUAAAGAGCUUCAGGACAGCACUCAGAUGAAUGAAAAGGAACUGACAAAAACAAUCAAAUCAUUACUUGAUGUGAAAAUGAUUAACCAUGAUUCAGAAAAGGAAGACAUUGAUGCAGAACCUUCAUUUUCAUUAAAUAUGAACUUUAGCAAUAAAAGAACAAAAUUUAAAAUUACUACAUCAAUGCAGGAAGACACACCACAGGAAAUGGAGCAGAUGAGAAGUGCUAUAGAUGAGGACUGGAAAAUGUAUCUCCAGGCUGCUAUAGUUUGUAUCAUGAAAGCAUGGAAAGGACUUCGUCAUAAUGCCCUCAUUCAAGAGGUGAUUAGCCAGUCAAGAGCUAGGUUUAAUCCUAGUAUCAGCAUGAUUAAGAAGUGUAUUGAAGUUCUGAUAGAUGAACAGUACAUCGAACACAGCCAAGCUUCAGCAGAUGAAUACAGUUACAGCCGGCCCCUCCUCUUCACGUCCCCAGGGGCCCCCUGGCUCGUCCCGUGCAUCCCAGAUGGACCAGCCCUGAUCCAGGCGCUGGCCGCGCUCACUGCCAUGACCGAAACCAGCCCGGAGACCCUCCUCCGAAACACCCAGAACCAGGGUUUGUUUCCCCGGGGUCCAGAGUCGCUCAUGGUCACCAAUGUGCUGGUGAAUCUCAACCAUCAGUGGGUGCCAGGGCCUCUGCCAAAGCGCGGGAGUGUCUGGCCCCUGCCCACUGGCCCUCAGCUGGUGCCAUCGCUCUCUCUGACUGCGCCCUUGACACCCACUCCGCGGCACCUGGACGGUUCUGUCUUGGAAAAGGAGCCCCUCUUCCAGCUCAAGAUGGUCUCCUUCACCAUCUGCACAUUGAAAUUUGAGAGGUGA